AGCCAGCCGCUCCGCUUGCCUGUCGCUGUGGCUUGUACCGCGGCCACUGCUCGCUGCGCUUGGCACCAACGCUACCUCCGCUGGUAUUUAGAGGAGCCCUCGCUUCGCCUCUCACCCCGCCCCGCCUAACUUUCCUCUGGCUUCUCCACUCCUCACUCCACCCUUGCUCCUGAUCCAGUGCCUGCCGCCGCCGCACUCCUUCCCAGCGUUCUAGCUCUUCUUCUCCUCCUCUGAGAAAUGUCGAAGAAAAUUGUGGUGAAGCUGGAUUUGCAUGACAACAAGGACAAGCAGAAGGCUCUCAAGGCCGUCUCCGUGCUCGUCGGAAUCGACGCCGUCUCGGUGGACAUGGCGGCGCACAAGAUGACGGUGAUCGGCACGGUGGACCCGGUGGACGUGGUGAGCAAGCUGCGCAGCAAGUCCUGGGCCGCGCACAUCGACUCCGUCGGCCCCGCCAAGGAGCCGGAGAAGAAGGAGGACAAGAAGGAGGGCGACGGCGCCAAGAAGGAAGGCGACGGCAAGAAGGAAGAGGGGGACGGCAAGAAGGAAGGCGACGGCAAGAAGGAAGGCGACGGCAAGAAGGAGGAGGGCGGCGGGGACGGCAAGAAGGACGGCGAGGGCAAGAAGGAGGAGGAGGGGGACGGCAAGAAGGAGGGCGACGGCAAGAAGGAGGAAGGCGGCGGCGGGGGCGAGAAGAAGCCCGCAGCGGUGGCGCCGCUGCCGUUCCCCAUGCACCACAUGCCGCCGCCGUACAUGAACAUGAUCACGGCGGACUACAUGAACCAGUACCGCCCGCCGCCGCCGCCGCCCCCGGCGUACCACCCGUACGCGCCGCCGCCCUACUACUACGUGCGGAACAUGAGCAUGGAGGAGAACCCCAACUCCUGCGCCAUCUGCUGAAGAAGAAGGUAUAAGUAAUCGGAAAAGGAAGCCCUCGAUCUCCGGCCGCUUUCUCGCGCUGCAUGAGAUCGAUAUCGAUCGAGGUAGGCGAACCAACGCACGGACGUACGUGUCCCAUCCAUCCAUGUGUCCAUCCGUCGUCGUCGAUCGUAUAUAUUAUUAUUAUGAGAUGAUGAGAUGACAAGACAAACAAAGAACAAACCUAGCUAGUUUUGCGAGCCCAAACUAGCAGUAAAUUUGUAUGUAUGAACCUAAAUCUGUAGCUGAAUUUGAAUUUUGUGAUGAGUAGUGCGUGCAUCUGCAUCAUCUUUUUCUUCGAAGCGAUCAACGAGAGGCAGAAGAAAGAGA